AUGAAUAAAAUAAAUUUUUCGUCUCAUCCACAACGAAUAUUAAUCACUGGUGUUUCAGGAUUAGUAGGACGUAUUCUAUUUAAUCAUUUGACAUUAACAUAUUCAACAAAAUAUGAAGUAUUUGGACUUGAUCAACAUUUGAAUAUAUCUUCAAGAUAUCAAUCACAAAAUAUUAAUAAUGAAAAUAUAAAAACAAUUUUAUCUAUUCCAUCAGAUAAAUUCUUUCAAUGUGAUAUUACUAAUCGAGAGAAAUUAUAUGAAAUAAUAGAAGAACAAAAAAUUGAAAUUAUUAUUCAUUUAGCAGCUAUACUUGAGAAUCAUCCGGAUAUAGAAAAAAUUUCAUAUGUUAAUAUUGUUGGAACAAAAAAUAUCUUUGAAGCACCGGGUGUUCAUCGUAUUAUAUAUGCAAGUUCAGUAAGAACUGUUUUUGGUUAUCUUACUCGUGAACCGUAUCUUUCAAUUUUUAAUGAAACAUUUGAUGAUAAAACAAUGUUAAAAGAUCUUCGAAAAUUAACUGUUUUAAAUGAUUUACCUUUACCAGAUAUUCAAACACCAGGUAAUAAGGCAUAUGAUCAAAGUAAAAUUAUUGGUGAACAAAUGGCUCAGGAAAUUAUUAAGAAUAAUACUAAUAAUUCAAAAUCUAUUAUUUGUGCUCGAUUUGGAUGGGUUAAUAUCAUGGAUGAACCAGGAAUAACUCCACUUCGAACUGUAUGGUUUAGUUAUCGUGAUGUAUGUUCAUUUAUUGUUAAAGCAUUAGAAGCUCCAUUAAAUAUUAGUGGAAUCUAUUUUGCUAUGUCAAAUAAUCAUCGACUUUGGGUUGAUUUAGAUGAUGCAAAAAAAGAUUUAGGUUAUAUACCACAAGAUGGUGCUGAAAAAUUAGCACAUUAA